ACAGUACGCUUUCACUGUAUACUCCCCUUUAACUGCUGACGGCCCCUUUAAGGGUUAUGUAGAGAGAAGUGCUGAUGUAGGACGACUCCUCUGUGUGCGCUGCCAUCCUCAUCAUGGCCUCCAAACAACCGCCGCUGCAACCGAGAAUGAGCACGAGCAGACGAGCUGUUGGCCCUUUCCUUCCCCGCGCGGAGACCAACAACGUUAAGCCGAAACAGAGGCACCGGUAGAGGGGUGCGCGCCGGGGGAUCAAGCCUCCGAGCUCAUGCCACCCCGUUCUCCUCGAUGUCUUCGUCAAAAGCCACUUACAGCCAUUUGACAAAGAGGGAUGCAAACCCGGGCGGCGGCAGAAACAUGAACACGAAUAGGGAUUAUUCUAUCAAUCUAUCCGUGCAGCAAGUGCUGAGCCUCUGGGUGCAAGGCACGACGCUGCAACAUUUCACAGAGAUGUGGUACUGGGUGUUCCUGUGGUGUCUUUUCUCCUCGCUCUUCGUCCACGGGGCAAUGGGCCUGCUCAUGUUAGUCAUGCUGCAGCGCCACAAGAGGGGUCGCCUCAUCACCCUGGUCCUGGUCAGCGUGGGCUUCCUGGCCUCCUUGGCCGGUGGGGUCAUCACCAGUGCGGCCGUGGCAGGGGUGUAUCGUGUGGCAGGGAAGGACAUGGCCCCCCUCCAGGCCCUGGUGUUUGGAGUGGGCCAGACCACACUCUCUGUAGUCAUCUCCUUCUCACGUAUACUGGCCACUCUCUGAAGAGAUGACUCUGCUACACGGACAGACUCACUGACGAACAGACACACAAGAGAGGAGAGAGGAAAGGGGAAGGGAGGGACAUGUCCGAUAGACCGGAGUUCACCUCCCACCAGUUACACAAGCAGAGACGGCAAUGGGUGGCAGUUAACUGCAUGUAGUAUUUGAAGGAAAACAAACAGAGUCAAAUAGAAGAAGAGAAGAAGAUGGUGUCCCAGUCCUAGACGUCUAGACAUUUGGGGAUGGAUGAAUGUGGAAGAGUGCCCCCUAGUGUCUCUGUUCAGCCACUGCUACGUUUGCUAGAGCUCCCUUUGCUUACAAGGGACCUCUCAAUGCAGACCUCACUUCUGUGUGUCAAAGACACACACUUCCUUGGGCUCUCCACCAGUUGGCGAUGUCCACAGACUCUGUCAAGUGUCAAGCCAGUGAAACCACUUCCUGAACUGAAAGCUAAUUUGAGGUUCUAUGUGCCGAUGUCCUCUGGGAUUUCAGUGUAAAGGGGAAUGCUUUCAUGGCCAUCUCUACAGACGGUUGAAGGCUUUCUGUUCUAUUUGUGGGGGGGGGGACUCAGAAUUUUUUUUUUACAGUAAAGACAAAACCACAGCAACCUGUAAUUAAUUGAACAAUUCAAGUCUACGGUCCUUGAAGUGCCACGGUACUUUGAUGAGAUGGCCAGAACAAAAUUGGACCUGCGAAGACCCACCAUCAUUCUGACAUGCCUGAGAGGUUGUAAACGCAAUGAUGAUGGUCAACCAAACUACCAUUCAGCGUUUAAAAAAUCUACCAACCACAAACAACUGGAUCUUCUGUCUUUGGAAAAUUAUAUCCUAAUAACCAUUCCUUCUUGUAAAGUAUUCUAACUACCACAGCAGGUUUUUUGUUUGCAACAAUCCAUAAUGCUUAACCUUUGCACUUUCUAAAUGUUGGUGAUCCACCUCCUUUACCUAAGAGGUGUCUAAAUAGAGUAGGUUGUUGAGGUUCCGUUGGUUCAAGGUUACUAUGGAGAUAACCACUACACUUGUUAAGGGCUCUGCAUACGCAAACAGAGCUGACGUAGGUCCAUCAGUUGCGUUGACAGUGUAGAGCCCUUUAGAUGUUUCUCAAGUGUAGACCAGUCCAGGUUGUCCAACGUACUCUGGGGAAAUAGCAACUCUGACCAUGAACCUUGUCUGGAGAGGGUCAGAGUUCCUACUUGGUUCUUACAGGGUUUUAUGGAGGUAAACUAAUGUAUUAACUGAAGUAAAAAGGAAGAAUUGUCCUAGUAGUAGCAGCUGUGUUGCUUCUUGAGGAAUAUCUCUGAUAGAGCAUCUCUUGGAAGUUUUACUGUCUGUGUUGUGGUGCAGAUUUACUGUUAAGGUUUAGCGGUUGGAAUCCAGCUGCUACUUGGCUGUUGUGAUAACAAUGUUGUCCUGACUCCUAUAAAUCCCACUCCAUAGAGAGCCAUUCCUGGAGAAGGUCAGAGACUUAGGGUGCAUCCCAAAUGGUACCCUUUCCCUAUAUAGUACACUGCUUUUGACCAGGGUCAGUAGGACUGUAUAGGGAAUAGGGUGCCAUUUGGGAAGCAUCCUCUACUGCUGCUGAAACAGCCAUUUUCUAUGGCUCCCUGCUUUCCUCCCUGUUAGUUCUUGCUAAUCGUGUGUGUAUUGUUUGUGUUUUAACUAAGUUAGACUUUGCAUAUUGCACUGACAACGACCUGCCUUUAUUUCGCACAGUUUGUUUUAUGAUAUUGGUCCCAGUGGGUGACCCAUAGAUCCAUAUAGGAUUUUAUACAGUAUGUCCCAUCACCAGGACACACAGUGGGUCCCAAAAAGCAGGUUUUUGUCCAAAAUGGCACCCUAUGCCCUUCAUAGUGCACCCUUUUUUGACCGUAGCCAUAUGGGUUUGAGAAGCACUGCUGUGGUUUUGGAGGUGCUUUUGGGACUGCAGAGCAAUGUUUUUUUUGUAGGGCCCUGUGAGACUAACCACAAUGAAUGUGUUUGUGUCUGUCCUGUCCACCGUCUGGAACAGUUCACGUUUAUUAACCAACUAUAGGACAGGUCUUUCUGCAUCCCAAAUGGCACUAUGUUCCCUACAAUGUGCACUACUUUUCACCUGAGCCCUAUGGGGGAAUUUGGGACGCACACAUUCACUCCUGGAAUUGAAGGGUUGCAAGGCCCACUGGUUUGUACCUUACAAUGUCAUUCAUUUUGAAUCAAUAGCUGACGAUAUCUCAUCUCUCAGUCACUUUCAUUUGUCAGUAACUGACUGUGGACCAAUAAAACAAGGCCCUCUGCUGCACCCUAAACUAGGUGUGAAUACCACACCAGGCCCUCUGCUGCACCCUAAACUAGGUGUGAAUACCACACCAGGCCCUCUGCUGCACCCUAAACUAGGUGUGAAUACCACACCAGGCCCUCUGCUGCACCCUAAACUAGGUGUGAAUACCACACCAGGCCCUCUGCUGCACCCUAAACUAGGUGUGAAUACCACACCAGGCCCUCUGCUGCACCCUAAACUAGGUGUGAAUACCACACCAGGCCCUCUGCUGCACCCUAAACUAGGUGUGAAUACCACACCAGGCCCUCUGCUGCACCCUA